AUGGACCAUUUGCCCAGCACAUCGCUCCUCUUUGGGAUUGGCUGGCGAAGGGGAGCCAAUAGAUGCCKAGUUCCACCAGGAAUAUCAUUACAUGCAUCAAAAGGAAAAGCAAGAAAAGCGGACCGUGGCAUAGGCAAAACCGAGUCCAAAGCCAUAUUACAACAGACGGGUGUAUUCGUCCCAGUGGGUUCUGGAAGCUCUAUAUUAGACUUACGACGAUACUGGGAAUUGAAUAUGAGAAGAAUACAAAGAGUAGUAGAAAGGGGAAUGGAAGAGUUGGGUGCUGUGAAAGUUUCCGUUGUUGUGGAAGUUAACUUGAUAAAAGAUAGCACAGAGACCACGGUUUGGUUGCGCACCAAGACUCUAACGGUCUUAGAAUCAACGUACUUAGAGCAAAGAUUACACUCACAAGUAGAUCCAUUAUUAGAGUCGCUAGCAAAGUAUACCAGGGAAGCCUCGGGUUGGACCGUAACAGCGAUGAAAGGUGCUACGAUUAGCAUUGCUCGCUACGUGCCGAUUCGGGGAGGAUCCUACGUGCCAUUACCGACUUUCAUAGAACGUAAGAAAGCAAUAAUUAGCGUACGUAAUAACGACAAUGAAUGCUUUAAAUGGGCUGUAAGGUCCGCCUUAUACCCAGUUAAAGAAAACGCGUUUAGAACAUCAAAAUAUCCAAGUGAUGACUUAGAUUGGUCAAAUGUAGYCUUUCCAAUGGAAUUGCGUGCCAUACCCGACUUUGAAGAAAGAAAUGGCUUAGCAAUAAAUGUUUACGGUGUUAGAGAAAAGACCAUAGUACCUCUACAUAUCUCGAGUUUUGAAGGAAAACGCAUACACCUAUUUUACYACGGAGAGCAUUACUCAUGGGUAAAAUCUCUAAGUAGGUUAUUUGCAGCGCACAGUAAAGACGGACGCAAAAGGUAUUAUUGUGAUGCUUGCUUACUACCGUUUAAAGACCUGAAAGCCUUAAAGAAGCACGACCAGAUUUGUCGGGGAGUAGAGGAGUCUGCGCAGAGAAUUCAAUUACCAGAAAAUAAGGAUUUACGAUAUAGUGAUCACAAACGUCAAAAUAAAGUGCCUUACGUGAUUUACGCGGACUUUGAGUCCUUAAUUACUCCUGAGUACGAGGAAGCCGGAAGAGAAGCGCAUAUGACGUGCGGACGCUAUGCGAAAGAAGGGGAAAAGCCCGGCAAGCCCUCCACGCACUGCUUUCACUGCGGUGAGCCGCUUGAGGAAGACUUCUACACAGACAAGGUAAUGGAUUGCUGUGAAAUUACCGGUGAAUAUAAAGGCGCCGCGCACUGGAAGUGCAGAUAUCGAAUAGACCCAAACAUGGAGAUUCCUGUGUUCUUUCACAACCUUCGCGGAUACGACUCCCACCUGCUUUUACAGGGAGUAGAGGGUCACGAAGUAAAGUGCAUACCUAACAACAAAGAACGGUAUAUGUCCGUAACCAUUGGCAAGCUAAAGUUCCUAGACUCCCAGCAAUUCAUGGCGGAUUCCUUAGCCAAUCUAGCCAAAUAUAACGAGGAUUCCCCCAUUUCCGACGAGUACGAUGCAGAAAGGAAAGGAGUGUAUCYAUACGAAUACAUGGAUUCUUGGGAACGGUUUGAAGAGCAGCAAUUACCACCCCAAGAGGCUUUUUACAGCACCCUAAAUGAAGCGGGGAUAUCCGAUGAUGAGUAUGCCUACGCGCAGGAGGUGUGGGAAAAGCGCGCCUGCAGAAACCUGGGAGAUUACCACGACGUGUAUUUGCUUUCAGACGUCGUACUACUAGCAGAYGURUUUCAAAGUUUCCGAAAGAUGUCUAUGUCUUACUACGGGUUAGAUCCAGCGAAUUUCUACACAGCCCCCGGGCUAUCUUGGAGUGCCCUGCUGAAGAAAACAGAUGCCCAGCUAGAUCUCCUAAUCGACUACGAAAUGUAUAGAUUCAUGGAAGACGGAAUUCGCGGGGGUGUUUGCGGUCCCAGCCACCGCUACGCGCGCGCCAACAAUCCCCAGGUGGAAGGGUACGACCCCGAAAAGCCAACAACUUACAUAUCUUAUCUGGAUGCUAACAACCUCUACGGCUGGGCAAUGUCCCRGCAUCUUCCCGUGCGCGACUUCGAAUGGGUAGAACCGCGUGAACCAGAGUACUACAUGCGCAUAAGGCCUGACAGUCGAAAAGGGUUUAUUCUGGAGGUGGAUUUGGAGUACCCCCCGGAACUUCACCCCCUUCACGACGAUUACCCACUUGCCCCGGAAGCAAUUGAAAUACCAUUCGAGCAGCUAUCCCCGCUUCAAAAGAA